AUGGCUGUCAACGCGUUUUCCAUGCUGGCACACAGAAUGCCCGUGGCGCCGCGCGCCCUCUCCGGCACAACGGCGGUGCGCGCGUCGCUGGACACGCGCGUGCUGGAGAGCAAGUCGCUGGGGGAGUUGCGCGCGUUGGCGCGUCAGCGGGGGCUGCGCGGCGACACCAAGGCGGAGCUCGUGAAGAUGCUUAGCAGCGGAACGAACGGCGCAUUUGGCGCCACGCCUGCCGCUCCGGUGUCCGCAGCGGCCCCAUCCGCAGCGCAGGGGGCGAGUCAGUCGGCGCAGGCGCGGCAGCUGGAGGCCAUGCCGCUGGGGCAGCUGCGAGCCAUGGCGCGGAGCCGUGGCAUCUUCGGCAGCACGAAGGCGGAGAUCGUCGCGGCGCUCCUUGCCGCGUCCGGUGCGCCUGCCGCCGCGCCCGCUGCACCGGCAGCCGCGCCGCCGCCGGCCCCUGCUGCGCAGUACUCCGCUGCGCCGUCCGCCGCCGCCCCUGCGGGUAACAGCAGCGCUUUGGCGCGGCAGCUGGAGUCGAUGCCCCUGGGGCAGCUGCGCGCCAUGGCGCGGCAAAAGGGGCUGCGCGGCAACACCAAGGACGAACUCAUCGGCGCGCUGCUCGGCACGACAUCCCGAUCCUCCUCCGCCGCAGCACCCUCCGCUUCCUCCCCCCCUCCUGCCCCCGCCGCCCCGUCCGCGCCCGCACCCGCCUCCGCUUCCGCACCCGCGGCGGCGGGCGUGAACCCGCAGGCGCUGUCGCGGCAGCUGCAGGCGCGGCCGCUGUCCGCGCUGCGCGCCAUGGCUACCGCCAAGGGCAUCACGCCCGCCGUCUCCAGCAAGGACCAGCUCGUGCGCGCGCUCGUCGCGGCGGCCACAGCAACAGCGGCGGGGGUGACGGAGGUGCGGGCAGCGGCGUCAGUGCGCGCGGCGGAGCUGCAGGGGCGGCCACUGGCGGAGCUGAGGGCCAUGGCGAGGCAGAGGGGGCUCAGGGGCGACACCAAGGCCGAGCUCGUCAAGCUGCUCGACCCCCCCUCCACCUUCGCUUCUGCACCCACCACCCCUCCUCGCUCUGCCGCUGCCACUGCCACCGCCGCUGCGACAGCAGCAGCAGUGCCAACCGCCACAGCCACGGCCACGGCCACACCCUUCUCUUCCGGCAUCCGCCUCCCCUUCCAAUCCGACGUCCCUGCGGGCGGCACCACGGCCAUCCAGCCCGCUCAGUCCACCGCAGCAGCAGAGUCGGAGGCGCCCUCGAUCCAAGAGGCCAUCGCUCUGUUCCUCUCACAGGACGCGUCGCAGGAGCAGCAGCCGGACGGGCUGUCAGAGCAGGCUGCGUUCCUGCGCAACGUGCUGGUGGCGGGCAUAGGUGUGGCCGUGCUGCCUCUCAUCAUGCCCAUGCAGAUGCCCUCUCCUGUUGCUGUCGCCCCCUCCUCCCCGCCGCCAGCCAUCACCGCCCCUGCUGAGCCCGUGGCUCCGCCACCCGAGCCUGCCUCUGAGGUGCAGGAGCUGUCUCCAGAGGAGUUCUGUCGCGUGCUGCCCGCCUCGCUGCUCUCCCCCGAGGCUGCCAGGUUCUGCGCUGCUGUCGUUGACUUGAAGCUCUGA